AUGAGCAGUGAUGUUCUCCUUUGUUGUCAAACGUGCGCUGACCGCGGAACUGAGCGAUUCGGGGGACAGGCUAUCAACUUGAGUUUGCUUACCAAUAAGCUCAUACUCUCACCUGCACACUCUCUCUCACUCUCUGUCGCUCUCUCUCUCGCUCUCUCUCUCUCUCAGAUGGAGGUAGAGCAGCUCCUCUCUCUCUCCGGCCCGGCGUUGGCCCAGGCCAUAAGUUCUCUGCUGGAGACACCAGGCCUCUACGUGUUCUCAGACAUCCUUGAGUUGCCCAACGUCAGAGAGCUGGAGACAGGCCCGCACGCACCAGUGUUUCAGCUACUCAACCUCUUCGCCUAUGGAACCUACUGUGACUAUAAAGAGAGGGCAGCCUCUCUCCCAGAGUUGACCCCAGCCCAGAGGAACAAACUCCGUCACCUCUCCAUCAUCAGUCUGGCAUCCAAUCUCAAGUGCCUGCCCUACUCCCUGCUCCUGCAGCAGCUGGAGCUGAAGAAUGUGCGGGAGCUGGAGGACCUGCUGAUUGAGGCGGUCUACUGUGACAUCAUUCAGGGCAAGCUGGACCAGAGGAACCAGCAGGUGGAGGUGGACUGCAGCGUGGGCCGAGACCUGGGGCCCAACGAGCUGCCCAACAUAGCAAACACACUGCAGGAGUGGUGUUCAGGAUGUGAGGCGGUCCUGUGUGGGAUCGAGGAGCAGGUAACCAGAGCCAACCAAUACAGAGAGAGCCAGCUGAAGGUCAAAGUUCAGGUGGAGACAGAGGUGUCAAACCUCCAGAAAACGCUAAAGGCCAGCUCCGCCUCUCCGUCGUCCGGCCCCGCCGCCGCUGGAGCCUCAUCCAAUCAGGAUGCAGACCAGCCGGCCGAGCCACGAGACCCCGCCUCCUCUCAGGAACCACGGCAACCAGGCAAGAAGAGUUCAAAGGUCAAAGGGCUCCGUGGAAGUGGGAAGAUCUGGUCCAAGUCCAACUGAAGGCAGAGAUGCAGAGAGACCCGGAACACCCCCACUGAUCCACUGUCAGAUGGAUGGACUGACACACAGGUUGACAGACACAUAGACCCACACAGACUCAUAGACCGAUAAUGUGACCAAUGCACAGACAACACACUAAGAUUUACACACACAUCCAUGCACACACACACUGUAUAUAUAUAUGUAUAUACAGACACUGAGUGAGACAGACACACUUGCAGUGACUGACACCCAUUCUGAUAGGUGUGUACACACAACCAGACAGACGGACUAUCUGCACUGUGUAUAUACACAGACCCAAACCCAUUCUAACAUGUACACAGAGACGGACAGAGAGAGUAUAAUCUUCUCUGGGCAGAGCUUCGCUGCUGUCUGUUUUAUCAGGAGAAGCAGAGCCACAAGCAGUGAAACUGAAUGUGUGUAUUUGAUGUGUGUACUCUGUGUUACACUUUUUGUUUGUUUGUAUUUUUUUUCUGCUGAGGAUUGAGUUGAGACAUGUAUAAAAUCAGGAUAUUAAUUGUUGGUAAUAAAUUGAACCCCCUCUAUUCA